GUGUGGACCAGAAUCACGGGGGGGAUUAUGCAGCCUUUGAGGAAGAGAUUGAGAAGUUUGUCGCAGCCCUCAGACUCUGUGGGAUUAAACCGUACAUGGUAAUGGACGGAGGCGCCGACUACACCAACAAGAAGCUUGAAACGCUGAAGCAAAGAGCUGUGGAUCGUAUCAGGAAAUGCCACGAGGCAGCAGUGGAGGGCACGAGGAAGGGAGUCCUGCCACAGUGGGGCAAGAUGGUGUUCAUGCAGAUGCUGGACCGGCUCGAGGUCCCGCUGGCCCAGUGCUACGGAGAAGCCGACGAGCAGAUCGCCGCCCUGGCCAGUGAGUGGCAGUGCCCGGUGCUUUCCAAUGACAGUGACUUCUUCAUUUUCAAUCUCCCGGCAGGACUGCUGCCCAUCUCUCAUUUCAGGUGGAAGGCAGUGGAGCGGAGCGGCUCGCGCUGCUACAUCCCCUGUAAGAGCUACAACAGGUCCAGCCUCUGCAUCUUCUUCAACAUCCAGCCUCAGCUCCUGCCCACCUUCGCCACCUUGGCCGGGAACGACUACGUGAAGCUGGAUAGGACGGGGUCGCCCAUCAGAUGGGCUCAGUUUGAUCAACCAGGUGGAGAGAAACCAAGUCGCCUCAGAGGGCUGCUCACCUGGUUGAGGGGCUUCCUGACGCCUCAGGAGGCGCUGGAAGCAGCGCUGGGGCUGAUGGGAAACCUGAGCAGCCAGAGAAAGGCCGAGGUGCUGCAGAGCCUGACUCUGGGGGUGGAGAUGUACCAGGUGCCUCCCAGCUCCCUGAAGAAGUUCUUCAUCCACGGGAUCGCUCCUCUGUUUCCAGCAGUGCAAGUGGCGGCUCGUGUCCCGGACUGGAUGCGGCGUCCUCUGACGCAGGCCCGGCUGUCUUCAGACAUCCUGGACAUUCUGCUGCUGCACAGGAAGAGCCUCAUCAUGCCUGUUGACCACCGAGACAUGCCCAGCGCCCACCUGACCUCCAGGCCGAUCCGCCAGCUGAUUUACAGGCUGCUGCUGGGCGGAGACACUCGUCUUCAGGUGGAGGAGUGGGACAGAGACGGCCUCCAGCUGAAAUUCAUCUUGGUCCCACCAGACGUCAGUUCAGUCGCUCAGCAGCUCGAACUCCACUCACUGAACAAGGCGGAGCUAUCCGAGCGCCUGCAGGUGAUUCUUCAGGCCUUGAAGGUGACGGAGGCCUCUCUGAGCCGCCUGCCGCCUCAGCUGCGCCUCCCGGUGGCCGUCACCUGCUUCUGGCUGCAGAACGCUCAGCCUGCUCCAGACGAGACGCUGCUGAAGUCGCUGCUGCUGUGGCUGAGUGACGGAGACGCCCUGAGACACGGAGCAGUGCUGCAUCAACAUCAGGAACCGAAGCUGGACUUGAACGUGGCUCACGCCUUCAACCAGUGGCAGGUGUGCCUGAAGGACAGCGUCCAGCUGAACGAGCUGCUGAGCUGCCCUCUCCCCGACCAGCACAUCGCACGGUUGUAUGAGGGGACGCUGCUCCACCGGCUGGUCCACAGGAUGAGGACGACUGGAGGCAUGAGGGACCUUCUGAGGAGAGAUCUUCCUAACGUGAGACUGUACCGAUCCAUGCUGUCUGUUGUCCACCGCUCUCAGGAAGUGUUGACAAAGACCCAGAAGAAGGAAGCGGCUCUGUGGCAGCAGCCUCUGGACGACCUGCAGCAGCUGUCCGUCCAGUACGAAGACCAGGAGGCCGUGACUGAGAUGAAGAGCAUCAUCAGAGCGCAGGAGGAUCUGUUACUGGACGAUGUGGUGUUGGUGAAAACAAGAUACAAAACCAAAGAGAGACACAACCGGUGCAAGAACCCAGAACUGAACCGCAAAGAGGAUUCGAGGGGCUGGCACCUCCUCUAACGUGCCUCAAUUACCCACGCGAGUCACCGUCCAACAGGCAGCGAUCAGGGGCCAAAAAUAACCAGUCGAUGAUUUACAGACGAUGAACGACCGAGACACGUCACAGAGCUGAGAAACGUUUCAGCAGCAGGUUUCAACA